AUGGCCUCUGGGUCUGAUGGUUCUGGGUCUGAUGGUUCUGGGUCUGAUGGUUCUGGGUCUGAUGGUUCUGGGUCUGGUGGUUCUGGGUCUGGUGGUUCUUGGUCUGAUGGUUCUGGUUCUGAUGGUUCUGGGUCUGGUGGUUCUUGGUCUGAUGGUUCUGGGUCUGAUGGUUCUGGCUCUGAUGGUUCUGGCUCUGAAGGUUCUGGGUCUGAUGGUUCUGGGUCUGGUGGUUCUUGGUCUGAUGGUUCUGGGUCUGAU